GGGAAAAGAAAUGUGUUCUUCCUUAUCAGAAAUAAUUUCAGUUCAAAUCCUAUUCAGAAAUCAGCUCUAGGGGAGAUGUCCUGCUUAGUUCAACAGUCUGCUGCAUUUCUCGGCAUCUCGGUGUCUAUAAUUUGAGGCCGUCAACUGCGCAAUUACAAGCAGUAACUAACAAUGCCGCGAGCGGUGUCUGACGGAGGCGAGAACCUCGACGACGACGACGGCAGCCGCACGGACAGCACCGGCGCCCACAGGGUGCGCUUCCCGCCGGAGAAGGGCUUGCUCGAUGCCUUCGCCGGCGCGGUGAAGGACAUGUUGUUCGCCGGCGACGACCCGCUGCGGCAGUACAAGGAGCAGCCGAGCUGGGCCGGGAGGGCCUGGCUCGGCCUGCAGCACGUGUUCCCGGUGCUCGACUGGGGCAGGCGCUACACCCUCGAUGACUUCAAGGGGGAUCUCGUCGCCGGCCUCACCAUAGCCAGCCUCUGCAUACCUCAGGACAUCGGCUACUCGAAGCUUGCUAACCUGCCGCCAGAGAUUGGCUUGUACAGCAGCUUCGUGCCACCACUGAUAUACACUUUGAUGGGAAGCUCUAGAGACAUAGCCAUGGGUCCCGUGGCCGUCGUGUCACUGAUGCUCGGCACUCUGAUGCAGAACGAGAUUGAUCCCAAGAAACACCCGCUAGAGUAUAGACGGCUAGCGUUCACCGCCACAUUCUUUACAGGGAUCACACAGGCCGCUCUCGGCUUCUUCAGGCUAGGAUUCAUCAUAGAGUUCUUGUCCCAUGCCGCCAUCGUCGGGUUCAUGGCCGGUGCUGCCAUCACCAUCGCUCUUCAGCAGCUCAAGGGCUUCCUUGGCAUAAGGAAUUUUACUACCAGAACCGACGUAGUCUCGGUCAUGAAGUCAAUCUUCAAGAGUGCUCACCAUGGGUGGAACUGGCAGACAAUACUGAUCGGUGCAUCGUUCUUGGGAUUCCUUCUGUUCACCAAGUACAUUGGGAAGAAAAAGAAGAAGCUCUUCUGGAUGUCUGCAAUUGCGCCGCUGGUUUCAGUGAUCCUAUCAACCUUCUUUGUGUACAUCACUCGUGCAGACAAGCAUGGUGUGGCAGUUGUCAAAAACAUAGAGAAAGGUGUCAACCCACCUUCAGCUAGCCUCAUAUACUUCAGUGGCCCGUUCUUGCUGAAAGGAUUCAAAAUUGGACUGGUAACUGGAUUGAUAGCCCUAACGGAGGCAAUUGCAAUUGGAAGAACAUUUGCUGCCAUGAGGGGCUACCCACUAGACGGGAACAAGGAAAUGGUCGCUCUAGGAACCAUGAACGUGGUAGGUUCGUUGACUUCCUGCUACAUAACCACAGGUGGUUUUGGGCGAUCAGCGGUGAACUGCAUGGCUGGCUGCAAAACAGCAGCAUCCAACAUGGUUAUGUCAGUUAUAGUGCUCCUGACGCUACUGUUUAUCACUCCACUGUUCAAGUACACUCCCAAUGCCAUCCUCUCUUCCAUUAUCAUAUCGGCGGUGCUUGGCCUGAUUGACUACAAGGCAGCAUACCGUAUCUGGAAGGUUGAUAAGCUGGACUUCUUGGCGUGUUUGGGGGCCUUCUUGGGAGUUGUAUUUUCAUCAGUGGAGUAUGGCCUGCUGAUUGCGGUUGCGAUUUCGAUUGCCAAGAUACUUGUCCAAGCAACACGACCAAAAACCGCCUUGCUUGGCAACCUUCCAAGAACGACUGUGUAUAGGAACAUUGAACAAUACCCGGAAGUUACCACGGUGCCCGGGGUGGUAAUUGUUCAAGUGGAUUCAGCUAUCUACUUCACGAAUUCCAACUAUGUUAAAGAAAGAAUCUUGAGGUGGCUGAAUGAGGAGGAAGAGCGACAACGAGAACGGAAGUUUCCCAGAAUUGAGUUUCUGAUUGCUGAUCUAUCUCCGGUGGGUGACAUCGACACAAGCGGAAUCCACGCCUUGGAGGAGUUGUUCAGAACACUCGAGAAACGAAAAAUUCAGCUGAUCCUUGCCAAUCCCGGUCCAGCAGUAAUUCAGAAGCUCAGCUCGGCAAAAUUCACAGAACUCAUCGGCGAAGACAAGAUCUUCCUGACGGUCGGAGACGCCGUGAAGAAAUUCGCUCCAAAGGUAGUGGAUUGUGUCUGAAGGAGAUUCAGCUCCUGUUUCAAGUUGUCAAAAAAAAAUCCCGUUUCACAAGUGUCAAAUAAUUUAUUUAUAGAGCAGAGAAGCACAUAACUGUAAAGAAAACAGUUUGGUACAAUAAAGAAUGUGUGCCGGGGAGUUGGACGGGAGCA